AUGCGACGAUCCCUGCCUUUUCUUAAAAUAGUGUCUUCAGAGAAUGAUACCUCGGGCAACGACCUCUGGCCCCUUGCCGCGAACAGCGGAACACCGGAGCCCACCGAACCAGACCAACUUCAUACUCUCGAUCACACCCUUAACCGAGUGCACUCAAGAGGCGAAACUGAAGGAAGAGUUCUCCUCCAAGUGCAAGCGACGACAGGUCGUGAAGACGAGGAACCACCCAAGGGGAUCCUUAAGUCACCGCCGGUUCCCGCGCCGAGUCCUGAUGCCGUUUCGGGAGCGGCGAGCGGUGCCGUCGAGUCUGCCAAUCCCGAAGCUGGCGGCUCCAAGCAAAAGUCGAAACUGAAGCAAGUGAGGUUCUCGGUUCCGUCUGAAAGUGAGGGCGAUAACGCGAAUGUGGCGGGCGAGAGAUCUGAUGCUGGUGAAGGCUCCAGUGGUGGUGGCGCUUCGGGAGCGCCGGGAAGUAACGUGGAGACUAAACUAGAAGUUCAGAGGCGAAGGAAGCGCUCAAGGCGACGUUCGACGUUGUCCACGAUUGAAGAGGAGGGUGGCGCAUCAGACGCCGAUGAUGAGAAUUCUGAUUCUGAUGCAGGCUUUAGUGGUAGUAGCGCUUCGGGCCAAGCGAGCGGUGCCGCAGAGGCUACGCCAAGCCGAGCGCAGCCAAAGAGGCGCUUGAGCAAGUCAAGGGCGAUGAUUAAGCGAGAGCUUGCGGCCCAAUCUUCUGGUGCAGGUGGCGAGGGUGGUGAUGGUGCUGCCGCUUCCAAACGUCCAAGGCGCCGCCGAAAGCGACAGAUGGUCAUGGCGCCACUGCAGUGGUUAAGCUCGCGAAAGAAGAGAAGCUCAGACGAGACUAGUGAUGACGCUGAGGUCGGCACAGGAUCCAGUGAUACAGGUGGUCCAACAAAACCCAUUAUGGAAGGGCUGGUGGAGGAGGUUGUGUCCCCCUAUGUUGCUUAUCCUCCUGGGGGUCGUGUUGCUGGGCAAGGCGGCCAGCCCGAAUCCGUCCUUAUCUGCCAGGCUUCCCUUCCUGAAGAGGCUGCAAUGGCAGGCAAUUUCGUCCCCGGCCUCAUCCCGCCGAUAUCGAGUCCUGCUCUGACGUAUCUCGGCAGCAACGGUGCGUUUAUGCACAUGCCGUUUGAUGCGCCCGUGGGAUCAUUCAGUCUCGAUCCGAGAUUGUCGCCUCAGGGAGGUCACGGUUGGCAGAAAGAACUCAUGAAGACCUUGGCUACGUCGCUUCAGCUGAUGGAUAUCAUGGCAGGGAUCGGUGACCGCAUUGGCAACCACAAGCACCGGAAUCCCGCGGCGGUUUUUCCACGACCAUGGGUCGUCGACACGGUCAUUGCACCCUCCUAUACUGAGUUCCUCGCGGACGUUGUUGUUCUGUUGCUGGAAGGUCAUAUAGUUCCCGUCCACACCAGCGACUAUGAAAUUAGUCCCCUUGCUGCUCCAGUCCUGCAGAGGUACCACGUGAAGGUUGGAGAUAGAGUGACGGGCAGUGGUUCCCGGCAAAAACGUAUUCCAAACUGGGUUUUUGGUGGACCAUAUUCUUCAUUCAACACCGUGCCAGCCGGGACUCUUCCACCUGUCAACGCCGAUAGAUGCUACCGUUCCUCCACUUACCAAGCGACCGUCACCUCUCCCUUAGCAACAAUUCUGCUUCGGGAUCCAAUGCAACGAGCGCCCAAAAUUGACGUUCCGUCCACUGUCGUUGAUAGCCUGAUUUUGGUGCGGGGUCCUAAAUAUUCAAAGGAAUGGACCGCAUUGUUCAUGGGUCGCCCGAGGAUCGAUGCCUUCCUUGCACAGCCUGGCGAAGGAUUCGUCCAUGAGGGAAUAAGCGCUUUGUUCCAUAAUACGAUGCGUGGACCUGUCACGGACUUUAUCGAGAAGCUGAAAACAAGCAUUUUGCCUGGACACAGGACCCUUAUGCCCUUCACUAUCCUGAUCGUUGGCCAUUCAACAGGUGCAGCUCUGGGUUUGUUUCUCGCUUGGUUUUUGUCGAAAAAUCUGAAGGAAGAAGUUCGACGCCGAAAAGUGAAGAUCCGAUGUGCUGGAUUCGGGUCACCGGCAAUGGCAGAUGAAAAGGCAUUCAGGCGAAUGAAGAUAGAUGGAGCAGGCUGCUGGUCAUUCCAAUCAGUUUUAGACACCAUGUUGGAGCAGAUUGAUGCAGGUGGUGGCGGACGUCUCAUUCCGGGGCCGAUUAUCAGCUUACCGGUCGGGCAGCUUUUCCGAGCAGAAGUGCCUUCCCCUUCGGGCCCUCCCAGGUUUUUAGGUCUAUCUUGGGCAUUCCGUACAAGCGGUGAAGUUGCCGAGCAAGGCGUCAGUAUCUCAGACGUAUCGUGGCAGAAUGCGAUAAGCACAAGUGCUCUCGUCUCUCACGUUGCCGUGUACUACUGCAUGACAACGCUGCUAGCUGGCCUGUACCGCGAGUUCGAGUGGGGUUCGCGUUGUGCCGCCCCGUUUCUUGAAGGAAUUUUCCCCCAUACUUCAAUAUCAGAACUAUACGCGGCUUUGGAAGCGGCUCACACUCGCGUUCUGCCACAGAUUACGACUAGAAUAGACUCGCUAAGGCUGUACCAGUUGGCUGCUGUCGAGGAAAAGAUUAAAUCGUUGGAGACUGCAGCAUCAGAACAAGGAGCUGGGGCCCCCGUGUAG